AUGGUGGCUGAGCUGGGGCAGACAGUUCCGUUCAGAGGAACAGUUCCUUUCUUGGCGCCGGAAAUGGAAAAGGAAAAAGAACCUCCUAGCUCCUCAAAGGUUGAGUCCCCAGGGAGCACGGCAGCUCCAAAGUGGCGAAGUUCGCUGCGACUUCCCGCGCUUCCUGCUCACGAUGUUUUCGCCUUGGGACUGACACUGGCUUCUGUCUGGUUCAUGUCUGCCAGCUCGGCUGUCACCUUUUUGUGGGUUGACAGAUGCAUUAGACCAUAUUUGCUGCCUGGAGUUCGCUUUACUUUCGAUGCCCUUAGAAGCAACGCGGGUCCUCAGGUGUACACGAGCCACGUGCGCAGACACCUCAACCGCUGCAUGAGUCCCGGAGGCAAAGUGGAAAAAUUGUACUUGCCAAGUAUGCCUCUCCUCGCCAAACUUAAAAUAAAACAAAUGACGGAGACCAACCAUCUCACCAGAAUCUCUGCCAGCAACGCUUUCGCAUUCAUUGCAGUGGCCCAUGCCUUGGAAAAAUUGCGGGACAGGCCGCCUGAGGAGGCGCAGCAGCUGCUGCAGCAGGUUCGGGGAACUGUACUUCUGCGUCUGUCUCUUUCCAAAGCAGGAGGAGAAGGAAUUCAAGUGGGAACUGUCAAAGGGAAGCAGCAGAUUACGGACACACUGAGAGCGUUGCUGGAACUAGCAUCUUGGAGUCCGCUUCGGGAGGCCGUGGAAUCAGUUGUGGCACCAGUCGCAGAGGAUGCAGCUGUGCAACUUGCCCAGCUGCCGGAAGCAACAGCAGCAGAAGUGACAGAAGCACAAGACAAGCUGCAGCAGCUGCUGCAGUGGCCGCAGCUGCAGCAGCAAGAAGGACAAAUGAAAGACAAAACCUAUGCUGACCUAAUUGAUGCAGUUCUUGGGCUGGACAUGGAGGGACUCAAUGCAUUAACACAGCAAGAAAUUACAAACAGAAAGUUGUCUGCUGUUAACAUGUCAAUCGCAAGAGCCGCGCAGGAGUAUAUACAGCAGCAGCUAGACAUCGAUCCUUAUACCCAACUAAUAGAGGAAACGCCAACAGAACAGGCUGUUACAUUUAUUUUAAAGUCUGUGGGGAUCAAGGAUGAAGGAGAGAGCACAAUACUAGAGUACUUUAAAGAGAGGGUCUUUGCCUCUUAUGUUGCUUGGGCCUCCGCUGACCGUCUGGUUCGCCUGGCAGUUCGCCGCUGCGCCUCCACGGACCCUGCUGGGGUGUCUGUACACCAGAAGUACACUGCUGGCGAGGUUGUGGAUGCUGAAGAACAGCAGCAGGCGUGGCGUUGCGUGUGGGGCCAAGUGACGCAAAUAACUAAUGAAACUCACUACGGCUUGCCGUGGGGUGUCUCAGCAGCUCUCCCUGAUUUCGGGUCUCCGGAAGAGCAGGUUUCUGCAGUUGUACGAGAUGUCUUCACUCCUCUUCACAUGCAAUCAGCGUGGCAAACGGAGAACGCUGUGUCUUUGCUGCAGGUGCAAGUGGCCCGCGCUGUUUCUCGUUUGUGCGCUGUUUCUAUUGCCUUAAAUCCAUCAAGAACACCAGCAGCAGCAGCAGCAACAGGGUUGCCUGAGGCUGCCAAUCUGCGGAGUAUAUAUAAAACGGUACUGACGGAGAUGCAAAGGGACUUUAUUGUCCCUUUUGUUUUUGGUUACGAGCAAGAAAGACCAGAAUAUAUGGAAGUGUUGUUUAACGUUUCUCUUUUGGAAUUUAAGAAAACAAUUAUCUUUGCUGCCGCUAAGAAGCAAUUGAGCAUCGUCGCCCAGGAGACACUGCAGGCCAUGGGACCAAAACAGAGAUCUUUAGCGACGUUGUCCACUUUGCUGCCUCUGCUGCCUGAGUCCAUCCUUACGUGGCAGCGCUAUGCAUCAGAUGCAAAAAAGGCUCAAAAGGUGAUAAAGGAGACAGUGGAAAAUGAAAUACAAGCGAUCAAGACCCCACAGCGUGCGCUCGGUCUCACAAGCAGCUGA